CGGGGGGCGGGGCUCGGCCGCCCGACGCGUUUCAAACGGGCCAACCGCCGGGCGCGGAGGGAGGGCGGGCCGCGGCGCAGUCUCCGCCUGGGACUUUAAAGCGCCAUUUUGUGCCGGGCGGCAGGAUAUCGAUCGUCGCUCCCCACCCGGCGCGGAGGCGGCGGGCGAGGCCAGGCGGGGCGGUGGGUGCCUGGCCGCGGCCGGCGGCGCGGGGCGAGCGGAGCGGAGGGGCUCUGCUCUGCCUGGGUGCCCCGUCCCUCCGCCUCCAUGACCCGCAGUAGGAAGCAGGCGGCGCUGGAGAGAGGAGCCGGGAAGAUGAAGCAAGAGGCGGAGAGCGCCGCGGCGGCCGCGGGAGCCCGGGCGGCGGCGGGCGCGGAGGCAGCAGCAGCAGCAGCAGCGGCCGCCGCCGACGGAGCGGCGCCCGCCGCCUGGGGGCUGGAAGGGGAGGCGGAGAAAGUUGUGUACUCCCGCUCGCAGGUUUCCUUCGCCGGCACCAAGGCGCUGGGCGACGCCCUCAAGCUCUUCAUGCCCAAGUCCACCGAGUUCAUGAGCUCCGACUCGGAGCUGUGGAACUUCCUCUGCAGCCUCAAGCACGAGUUCUCCCCGGUCAUCCUGCGCAGCAAGGACGUCUACGGCUACGCCUCCUGCCGCGCCGUCGUCCCCGAGCCGCCGCCGCCCUCGGCCGAGCGGCCGCGCCGCCGCGCCGGCAAGCGGCGCCUCCCGGCCGCCGACGCCAAGCGCCGGGCCGUGGCAGCGGGCGGCGGCGCCAAGCGGCGGCGGCGCCGGCGGCGCCGGAGGAGGGCGCGGGGGAGGCAGCGCGCCGCGGCCGCGGCCCCCGCGCCGGCCCCGGCGCCGGCGGGCGACGCGGAGGCGGCGGCGGGGCCGCCGGGCGAGGAGGACAGCGGGCGGGCGGGCGCGGCGGAGGGCGCCGCCUGGGAGCCCUUCGGCGGCAAGUCGCUGGAGGAGAUCUGGCAGGCGGCCACCCCCCGCCUCACCACCUUCCCCACCGUCCGGGUGCGGGGCAGCGUGUGGAGCCGGCGGAGCCUGGCGGCGGCGCGGCGCCGCGCGCAGCGGCUGCUCGGUGUGGACCUGUCGCCCGUGGUGCGGGUCCGCCGCUUCCCGCUGGCGCCGUCCUGAGCCCGCGGGGAGCCGCUCGGCCCGGCCCGCGGGGCUGGGAGGGGGCGAGGACGGCGCCUCACCUUGGCCGCGGGGCGGACAAAGAGACCGGUAUCAGUCACCUGUUUACAUUGCUUUUGUCUGGAUCAUGCUCUUCUGCUGCACUUUAUGGCCCGCUCGGGCCGGGGCGCCAGCCCCGCCGCACCCCGGGGCUCCGGCCUCGCCGCCCGGGGCCGCGGCACGGCGAGACGCGCGGGACUGUCCGGCGGCGCCUCGCGUGGGGACCAAGUUCCACUUCCACUUUUUUUCUCCCAUCGGGCUACCUCACUGGUCCAGAAGUCCACCCAAGAAGUUAUUUUCCAAAGGAACUUGCUUUCAUGCUUGUAUAAUAAAGCACCAUCUGAUUCUUGCUCUUUUUUUUUCUCCCCCCCCCCCCCCCCCCCCCCCGCCCUUAUCCGAUGGAUUAUGUAUGCUUUGUGGUGUUGCACUAGUAUGUGCUCAGGGUAUUUUGAAUCCCAGGCAUUCCCAAGUUUCAGUUUAUGCUGAUCAAGGAUGCAUAAAGAAUGGAGGUUCAGGACUUGUGGCUGUUCUUGAUGGUGCAAAAACUUUUUUUUUAAUUUCAUGGGCUUAGUGAUAUAUAUAAAGAUGUAUUGCGCAGUAUAAUUGUUACACUUUUGUAUCUAAAUCAUUUUUAAAGUUUUCUAGUUGAACUAAGUAUUUGUUUCUAUUGAGCACCUAAAGAUAGAAUCAUCCUGAUAUUUUAUAACCCUGUUUACUUUAGGGAAGCUCAUUUGGUCAACCGAAGUGAACUUAAUAAAAGUCAAAGAACAAGUGGCGUUUCAGUUCAAUGCAACUGACUGCACAGGGAUGGGUUUGUUGGUGACGCACCACGUAUGGCACUUAAUGAAGACACAACUGGGUGUCUCCUGUGGACGAGCCAAGAGCUGGAGAAGAAUGUAUCUACUCUUCAAAGCAAUACAUAGGUGUCUGAAGGCAUGCGAUGAUACAGUGUCGUCACUUACAGCAAAAAGGCUGUAGUUCAUGUGACCCGAAUAUCACACUGAAGUGCCUAUCUCUGCAAAAAGAGCAAGACUUCAUAACAAAACAGCACUGGUUGUCAUCUUGGGUUACUAGAUGACUAAUGGUAGAUAAUCAUAUUAACAUACAUAAUUAUUUUCUGUAAACUUCUCUUGGUUUUCACUGUAGCCUUGGAUGCUAGCUUCAUAAGACAGCUUGAUUGUUUUGACUGAAAAAUAACCUAAGGGGUAACCAAUGUCUGUUUAAACUGAUUUUUUUUAAGGGCUAUAUUUAGAUUUUGCACCCUGCGGUUGGUGUGUGAAAAGCAAAGGGGGUAUGGGGAAUGUGUGUGGUGGGCUUUUUUUUGUUUGUUUGUUCUUAAGCUUAGGAAAGGGAAAGAAAUAGUUGGUAAUAGAUAGUUAAUGUUCCUAGUAUCCUAGGAAAUGAGACUAACUUCUCAAUUUCCUUGGUGGAAUGAAUGACUUCACAACUUGUUUAUAGAAUGAUUCAGUGACUUUAAUUUCUUUUCUGAUCGCUGUCAACUCCUUGUUGCCUCUCCUUGUCAGAGAUAAGAUGACGAUGACUAGAUGUGUAGAGGCUCUUUUUUUUUUUUUUUUUAAAAACAAAAACAAAAACUUGCUUCCUAGUGCUAGCUUGAAGGAGCCAGCUUCUAAAACUUGUUUAUAUUAUGUCAUUCUUACUUAAUAAAGCAGUGAAGUUCUUAUUCUUCAAAACUAA